AUGUGCUAUGAUGGGGCAGUCAGUACGUUUCUCUACCUGAAAUUCCUGGUUGUGUGGGCUCUAGUGUUGCUGGCAGAUUUUGUCCUGGAGUUCAGGUUUGAAUAUCUGUGGCCUUUUUGGCUUUUCAUCAGGAGUGUUUACGAUUCAUUCAGAUACCAGGGUUUGGCCUUUUCAGUAUUUUUUGUUUGUGUAGCAUUCACAUCAAAUAUAAUAUGUCUGCUCUUCAUCCCAAUACAAUGGCUAUUUUUUGCUGCCAGCACGUAUGUAUGGGUACAGUAUGUCUGGCACACAGAGAGAGGUGUUUGUUUGCCAACAGUAUCGCUGUGGAUACUUUUUGUUUAUAUAGAAGCAGCAAUUAGAUUUAAAGAUCUCAAAAACUUUCAUGUGGAUCUUUGUCGUCCUUUUGCUGCACACUGUAUUGGCUAUCCUGUUGUGACUUUGGGCUUUGGCUUCAAAAGUUACGUCAGCUAUAAAAUGCGAUUAAGAAAACAAAAAGAAGUGCAGAAAGAGAAUGAAUUUUACAUGCAGCUUCUCCAGCAAGCUCUACCCCCAGAACAACAGAUGUUACAAAGGCAAGAAAGAGAGGCAGAAGAAGCAGCCAAAGGAUUAUCUGAUAUGGAUUCUUCAGUACUUUUACAGCACAAUGGAGGCAUUCCAGCCAAUAAAAAAUUAUCCACAACCUUGCCGGAGCUAGAAUAUAGAGAAAAGGGGAAAGAAAAGGACAAGGAUGCCAAGAAACACAACCUUGGAAUAAAUAACAAUAUUUUACAACCAGUAGACUCUAAAAUACAAGAAAUUGAAUAUAUGGAAAACCAUAUCAAUAGUAAAAGAUUAAAUAAUGAUCUUGUUGGAAGUACAGAAAACCUCUUAAAAGAGGACUCAUGCACUGCCUCAUCCAAAAAUUACAAAAAUGCCAGUGGAGUUGUGAACUCCUCGCCUCGCAGUCAUAGUGCAACUAAUGGGAGCAUCCCUUCCUCAUCUACUAAAAAUGAGAAAAAACAGAAAUGCACUAGCAAGAGCCCAAGCACACACAAGGACUUAAUGGAAAACUGUAUUCCUAAUAACCAGCUAAGCAAACCAGAUGCACUGGUAAGGUUGGAACAAGAUAUUAAAAAGUUAAAGGCUGACCUGCAGGCAAGCAGGCAAAUUGAACAGGAGCUGCGUAGUCAGAUCAGUUCUCUGACUAGCACGGAGCGGGGAAUUCGAACUGAAAUUGGACAGCUCCGACAAGAAAAUGAGCUGCUUCAGAACAAAUUACACAAUGCUGUACAAAUGAAACAAAAAGACAAGCAAACUAUCAGCCAGUUGGAGAAAAAACUGAAAGCAGAGCAAGAGGCACGAACCUUUGUAGAAAAACAGUUGCUGGAGGAAAAGAAAAGGAAGAAGUUGGAAGAAGCAACUGCUGCACGUGCUGUUGCAUUUGCUGCUGCUACCAGAGGAGAAUGCACUGAAACUUUACGAAAUCGUAUCAGAGAGCUGGAGACAGAAUGCAAGAAGCUAACAAUUGACAUAAAGCUGAAAGAAGACCAGAUACGAGAACUAGAAAUGAAAGUUCAGGAACUGCGGAAAUACAAGGAAAAUGAGAAGGAUACUGAGGUGUUAAUGUCAGCACUUUCAGCCAUGCAAGAUAAAACGCAGCACUUAGAGAACAGCCUGAGUGCAGAGACAAGAAUCAAGUUGGAUCUGUUCUCUGCAUUAGGAGAUGCAAAACGGCAGCUGGAGAUUGCCCAAGGGCAAAUUAUUCAGAAAGACCAGGAAAUCAAGGACCUAAAACAGAGGAUAGCAGAAGUGAUGGCAGUGAUGCCCAGCAUAACAUACAGUGCAGCCACCAGCACCCUGAGUCCCGUUUCCCCACAUUAUUCUUCCAAAUUUGUGGAGACCAGCCCUUCUGGACUUGACCCCAAUGCCUCUGUUUAUCAACCCUUGAAAAAAUGAAUGCCAACUUCCUUUUUGCCCAACAAUUUUGUCAGACCGAAGGCAUCGCACAGGAGUGUCUCUUGCAGUCAAGAUGAAAUUGUAUUGUGUGAGACUGUAUUUGUCAUUUAAACAGAAAGGGGGAAAAGAACAUCAAUAUUUGGCUAGAACUGCC